ACGAACAUACACACAUAUGAGCCCUGAAUAUUCAUUCUCUGCCGCUCUCUCGGGGAGCAGCAGGAGCAGCAGUCGCAGCUCAUAUAAGACGCUGAAUAUGGCAACAAUUUUGGACAGUCUGUGCCAGCAGCUCGGCGCGCGAGUACAAGAAACCAAAGAUAUAUACCAGCAAUAGAUACCAUGGGUGUCAUUUACAAAAUACUAAAACAGCAUCGCCAGCAGCAGCAGCAACAGCAGCAGCAGCAGCAGCAUCAGCGGCACCAGCAGAUCAUCAAAGUGGAGCUGAACACGGCGACCAAGUGCAAGGUGCAAGCGGCCAUCAAGCAGCGCCAACUGCAGCGGCUGGAGGAGCAGCGGCAGGAGCAGCGGGUGCAGCAGGAGCACGAUGAUACACUUGCCGAGCAGCAGCUGCAGCAGCUCUGCCGUUUUCUCGCCGAGAAUGCGGCACGCAAAAAGCGUCAGCGCCUCAAGCUGCAGUAUGAAUACAAUCAGGGCGCGUAUGCGGAGCAGCCUGCAGCGCACUCGCCGGCAACCACUCACGACAUGGAUCUGCUCAUGGAGCAGCUGAGCACGUGCAGUGAAGACGCGGGCAAAGCAACGGCGAUGGCGACGGCGACAGCGAAGGUACCGUCGGAUGAGCCACGGGUUAGCAUCUUGUUGAAGAUCCGCCAUCAGAUCUUUGAGCGCAAGCGACAACGGCAGCGCCAACUGGCGGAGCUGGUGAAGCAGCGUUUGGUGGUUUGGCGACCAUGGUAAUCGGCCAACUAUAGAUUGCCCGCAGUUACUUGUAGGCAAUGUUCACUGUAUAUUCCUCUGCCGUGUGAUGUUCACGUUGCUCUUCCAUUUUCUAAUCACAAAUUACUUUUAUUAAUUUUUUUUUAAUUUUUUUGCUUAGUUAAUAAAUU